AUGGGUCACAAUACCACAAUCUUGGACCAGCUUCUUUGGCAGGUCCCCCUGUGUGAAAGCUGGAAGCAUGAUACGGAAGGGGCACUUUAUCACCUCGCCAAUUGCUUCGUACUGCUGGGCUUCAUGGGGGGAAGCGGUGUCUAUGGUUGUUUCUAUUUCUUCAGCUUCCUAGCGACUGGCUUCUUGUGCUAUGCAUUGUGGGGCUGGUUUUUCUCCUGCGGGCUGGACAUCUUUGUCUGGAGUUUCCUACUGGUCAUAGUCUGUCUGAUCCAGCUGGCUCAUUUGGUAUACCAGCUGCGGAGGAAUGUGUUCGUGGCAGAGUUUGACCACCUCUACAAGGCCCUGUACCUGCCCUUGCAGGUACCCUUGCAGAUGUACAAAGAGAUUGUCCACUGCUGUGAGGAGAGAGUCUUGUCACUAGCUACUGAGCAAACCUAUGCUGUGGAAGGUGAGACACCUAUCAAUCGCCUUUCUCUGUUACUUGAAGGCAGGAUUCGUGUGAGUCAGGACGGACAGUUUCUGCAUUAUAUCUUCCCCUACCAGUUCAUGGACUCCCCAGAGUGGGAAUCAUUGCAACCAUCUGAGGAAGGGAUAUUCCAGGUUACCCUGACUGCUGAGACGGACUGCACCUACGUUUCCUGGCCGCGGAAGCCCCUCUACCACCUCUUGGACAAAGAGCGCUACAUCUCCCGCCUUUUCGCGGCCCUGCUGGGCUACGACAUCUCAGAGAAGCUGUAUGCCCUCAACGACAAGCUCUUUGCCAAGUUUGGCCUGCGUUUUGACAUCCGUCUCCCUAGCCUCUACCACGUCCUAGGACCUGCGUCCUCCUCCUCAGAGCCCGAAGCGGAGAAGGAAGCUGAGGAAAGCAAGGACCCAGCCCUCCCUCCUCACCCUCUGUCCGUGGCGGUUCGGAAAGCUCCCCCACUCCCAUCUCCUCCAGCCCCUGCCCCCGCUGCACCUCCCGCCCCGGCCAGGGCAUCUCGACUUGGCAGUGAUACCCUGGCUUCUGCAAGUCCUCCUAGGAGUCAUCCUCACAUUCAAGCCAAAAGCUCAAAGGGACGGGCCCCUUUGGCUCCAACACAUACCCCUGAACUCUAGGGAUCAACUGGUAACUCUUGUUGGGAUGACCAGCCCCACUCUCUGCACAAGCUUGUGUUCACAAAGAGGCUGCCAAUGAACUUGACCUCCUGAAUGUUCAUGUACCAGGUUCCUCACUUGCACCUGCCAUUGAGACGCACAAGACUCCCGUACCUGCGUGAUACCACAGUGAUCUCCACUUGUGCCAUUUUGUAUUUUCCCCACUUCUUCCCUCUGGGUCAUUUAAUUAAAAUGCCUAGAA